GUGAUAUUGAAUACAACUACAAUAAAAACAAUACGAAAUCUGAUACUUUUUGCAAUUGCGUUCAAAUAGAAGCAAAAUAUACACGCUAAUAACAACAACAAAUAUUAAGACAAAGCGCGUAACCAGACACUGACUGGUGGAAGAGCCCAAAAGCCCACAACGAGAGUAACACAGUUAAAGAUGUACAAAUCGAUCGAGCAAAAACAAAGCCGAUAUCAAUAGAGUAAAAAAGUAAAGUUUGAGUUAAAAGAAAAAAAAAAAAAAAAAAUAAUAAUAAAAAUAAACACAACAGUAAAAAGCAACAACUCAUUAUUAAAACUUGAAAAAAAAUAUUUAUUUGCGCUGUGAGUUUUAGAAAAAAACCCAUGCAAGACAAGACAAACGCGUUUUAAGCGUCGUUAAGUGAGGAACACAAGAAAUAAGAAAUCAAUUUAAUGAAAGCGCGCGCGUGUGUAAUUAAGUGAAAAUUAAUUAUUGAAAAAUUAUACAUAGUAUUUUAAGAAGAAAUAAAACCCACAAAUACAAUAAAAAUUCAAUAUACUAAAAAAAGUGUUUAAAAGUUUAAAAUAAUAAAAUUAAAAAUGGUGGAAACCACAACUGUAACACGCACUACGGAAUUACCAGUUCCUGCAACUACUCCAGCAGCACCCAUACGUAUUAACACUACGUCCCCAACGACCACCACCUCUGCUGCCACUACCGCUGCUGGGGCUAGGCAAAAUGAUGAAGUCACUCGUGGUAUUUAUAAUUUAAAAAUGAUCUUAUUCCUGCUGCUCCUUCCUUUGGUGCUUUUUGCAGUAUUUCUAAAACAUCUGUUGGAUUAUUUAUUUGGUUUGGGCCUUAAAGAGAAAGAUGUGGCUGGAAAAGUGGCUUUGGUUACAGGUGGUGGCAGCGGUUUGGGCCGUGAAAUUGCUCUUGAAUUGGCACGUAAAGGUUGUAAAAUAGCUGUGGUCGAUGUAAAUUCCAAAGGCUGUUAUGAAACUGUUGAUAUGAUUUCAAAAAUUCCCCACGGUGUAGCCAAAGCUUACAAGACUGAUGUCUCAUCGCCACGUGAAUUACAACUGAUGAGUUUAAAAAUUGAAAAAGAAUUGGGCCCCGUGGAAAUUCUAGUUAACAAUGCGUCUCUCAUGCCCAUGACAUCGACACCACAGUUGAAAGAUGAUGAAAUUGAAAAAAUUAUUACCGUUAAUUUGGGAUCAUACAUUAUGACCACUAAAGCCUUUUUACCCAAAAUGGUGGCACGUAAAUCUGGACAUGUAGUUGCUGUUGCGGCAUUGUCUGGUCUUGUACCUUUACCCGGUGCUGGCAUUUAUACUGCAACCAAAUAUGGUAUUAUUGGCUUUAUGGAGGCAUUGAGAUGUGAAUUACGUUUAUCCAGUAGCGAUUAUGUACGUACAACAGUGGCCAAUACAUAUUUUAUGAAGACAAGUGGCGAUUUGCAUUUACUCAGUGAUGCAGGCAUCUCGAGCAGUUAUCCUGGUUUACCAACAGCAUAUGUGGCAGAGAAAAUUGUCCGUGGCAUGUUACUCAAUGAGCGUAUGGUGUACGUGCCAAAAAUAUUUGCAUUAAGUGUCUGGUUGCUCAGAUUAUUACCCACCAAAUGGCAGGAUUACAUGCUCUUAAGAUUUUAUAAUUUUGAUGUACGCAGCCAUCAUUUGUUUUAUUGGAAAUGAAUUGAAAAGAAAC